ACUUUCUUUCUUGAGUGAAGAUACUUAGAGAGAAGCUAGCAAACAAAUGUACUAUUAGUUCCGCUGAGAACUUUCCCUUCAUCGGAAAACUGUUUUUUCCAUUCUUUAUAGCGGUUUAUCGAAAGACCACCACUAUGGGCGAAACCGGUAUUGUCCGCUUUCCGGGGAGUUUAGACCCAAGAGCCCAAGAGUUCAGACCAAGAAAUAAUCCUAGCAACGUUAACUUCACUCAACAAAUUCCUCUCUUCGGACCGCCCCCACUGCCACCACCACCUCCCCCGCACCAGCUCUACUAUCCCUACGCUCCUCAAGCUGUGCCGUUUAGUGAUGGAGGAGUUGUAGGGUACCCGCAGUAUCAUACUAGUCCUCCAGCAUACGUUAGCACCGCCCCGCCUCUCCCGCCACAGUCGGCGGCGCCAACGCGAACACUAGUGCUGAAUUUGGUACCGACCGAUGUAAGCGAGUCGAUGAUUAGGAGAGAAUUAGAAGUAUUUGGAGAAGUAAGAGGGGUUCAGAUGGAGAGAAUUUGUGAUGGAAUCGUAACCGUCCAUUUCUACGAUCUUAGACAUGCAGAGCAAGCCUUAAAGGAGGUACGAGAGCAACACAUGCACCAGCAAACCAGGAUAAGAAAUCUCUUCGCUACCUUGGAGCAAAGUCCUGGAUUUCUUGGACCAGGAGAGAACUUACUUGCACCACCGCCACCAGCGGCGCGUGGACUCAUUGCUGGUUGUGCAGUGUGGGCCCAAUUUAUUAUUCCGCCAUGUAACACCGUUCCAGACGGGCAUAACCAAGGGACAAUAGUUGUUUUCAAUUUAGACCCGAAUGUUUCUACUUCUUCCCUGGAAGAAAUUUUCCAAGCUUUUGGUUCUGUCAAGGAAUUGAGGGAGACGCCAUUAAAGAAGCAACAAAGAUUUGUAGAGUUUUAUGAUAUAAGAGACGCAGCUAAGGCUCUUAGAGAGAUGAAUGGAAAAGAAAUUUAUGGCAAACAAGUUGUUAUUGAGUUUAGUCGCCCUGGUGGUUAUAGCAGAAGGUUUUUCAAUGCCUCUAAAACCACUUCCAUUAAUAAUACAAUCGCGAAUGCAAAAUUUUCAAGGUAUGCUCCACCACAGCCUCCUCUUUCUCCACCUCCACCUCCACCUCCACCAUUGCCUAGAAGAUUCUCCAGCCGUUCACCUUCUAAUAUUCCUCCGCGAGCAUUUCUUGCUCAAACACAAUCCUCCUCUGCGAAGAAAAUAUCGAAUUUUAGCAAAGGAAACCCUAACGAGAAUAUUAACGAUAAGAGUUCAAUUGAAGAUUCCAUGGUUUGUUUGUCAAUAAGUGGCGGAGACGGAGAUGGAGUUGCUGAUAAAGUUAGUGAUGGGUCUUCAAAGAGAAAUGCAAAGAAAAGUCUGAAUAAGGAGACUUGUGCUGCAUCUACAAAACAGCAACAUAAAAGUAGGCCAUGGAAGAGCAGACAAACAAAGAAAUUUGAUACUCGUUUUCUAAUAAAUGAAGAUGCUAUGGUGGAAUCGAAUUGUAGUGAUUCUAGGACCACUGUCAUGAUCAAGAACAUACCCAACAAGUACAGUCAGAAGUUGCUCUUGAACAUGCUAGACAACCACUGCAUUCACUGCAACGAGCAGAUUGCCGACGGCCAGGACCAGCCCUUGUCCUCCUACGAUUUUGUCUAUCUCCCAAUUGAUUUCAAUAACAAAUGCAAUGUGGGAUAUGGGUUCGUGAACAUGACUUCUCCCCAGGCAACAAGGAGACUUUACAAGGCUUUUCACCAUCAGCAUUGGGAGGUCUUCAAUUCUAGAAAAAUCUGUGAAGUCACUUACGCCAGAGUUCAGGGAUUAGAAGCUUUAAAAGAGCACUUCAAGAACUCAAAGUUCCCUUGCGAGAUGGAUCAUUACCUGCCAGUGGUGUUUUCACCUCCGAGAGACGGAAGGCAACUGUCGGACCCUCAACCCAUUGUCGGUCAAAAGCAAAACCUUCCCGUGAUUCUUGGUUUUCCGAUGGACCCUACUGAUCUCAAAGACAAAGAUACUGACCAAGAAGAAGGAGAAGAUGAAGAAGACCUCAACCGCAGCAGCAGCUACAGCUAGAGCUACAGCAGCCGAAACGGCGGCGAUAUGGGUGAUGACGACAAAGACAGUAGCAGUGACAGCCAAAAAUAGAAGGAAAAAUAGAGGCGAUGAUUCUCUCUUGGAACUGGAAAGCUUUAGCUGUGAUCAACACAGCUGCACCCAAUGAGGUCCUUGUUGAGCUCCGAGCCAUCUUCGCUAGUUCUCUCGUAUAUGGAUGUAUAGCCCUUCCUCACCCUCUCACAGCAUAGUCAAGCUUUCCUGUCAACUUCAGGUCAGCUCACCUGACCUUGGCCUGACCACCAUCACCUCAUUAUUAACUCAACUCUCGGUGUAAUCUUUGUAUUUGUACUUUGAAGUUGCUAGGGUAUUAGCAAAGAAUUAAUUACAAGUUAACUCUUUUGUUUUUCUUUGGUUAUUAUAAGUGUAAGACUUGUAGCAUGGAAGAAGUUUAACCAAGAAGAUCACUUUCUUCUUCUU